CGUGUUCCCCUCCGAGAGAGAGUGGGUAAGGAACUGUCCUCUAGGCAACAGUGGCGUCGACUGCUGUCUGUUUUUUUGACGGUGAAGCGAUUGAAAUCAGGUGAUGGAUAGUUUAAUAUCUAAUGCUGUUUCUACGCACGAAUUAAUCUGACAGAAGCAACCAGUUUCUACACCUUGGGACACGUCCUGUUGCUUGCACAAGCGGUUGAGCAUUGACAGCUGCUGCGAUGUGAAAAUAGCCCACCCUUUCACUGGGGCCGUUUGCGUGACGUCGACGCCAAAAUGGGAUCCCUGACUCUACAAAAGGGCGGCCACAGCAGCCAUUAUGUCACAACACCCGACGAUGACAUGUGUGCUUUUGUUUGUGGUUGGGGUGCAGCCUUCGUGAACAUAAUCUGCACUUUUCCAAUGAACAAGGUGAUGUUUAGGCAGAUGCUGCACGGUGUGCGUACCAACCAUGCCCUAGACCAGCUUCGUAGUGAAGGUUUUCGCCACCUCUACCGUGGUUGCCUGCCACCACUUGUUCAGAAGACCAUCUCAGUCUCCAUUAUGUUUGGCACAUUCAGUGGCUAUAGUCGCUUCACAAUUCAUCACUUUCCCGAGGCAAAUGAUCUCACCGUGAAGUUCCUUGCUGGCCUCAUGGCUGGUUCCACGGAGGCCAUACUCACUCCUUUGGAAAGGGUUCAAGCCUUGCUGCAAGACAAGGAACACCAUCACCGCUUCAAGAACACAGUUGAUGCCUUCAAAUUCCUGUCUCCGUACGGCAUCAGGGAGUACUACAGGGGAUUGGUGCCCAUUCUUCUCCGAAAUGGCCCAAGCACAUUCAUGUUCUUUACCCUGAGGGAUGAAAUGGGACGCCUCGUGCCGAUGGACAAGAAGGUUCUCUGGCAGCGGACACUGAGCGACUUUCUCAGUGGUGCUUUGGUGGGUGCAUUUGUAAGCACUGUAUUCUAUCCUAUAAACGUUAUUAAAACUAUAAUCCAAGUGCAGUACGGCCCUCCACGCCCUAGCAUGUUAACUGUCUUCAAGGAGACUUACGCAGAACGGAAGAGCAUUCGUAAAAUGUUCUAUGGUGUGCACCUUAACUACACACGGGCACUAGUUUCGUGGGGCAUCAUCAAUGCAACGUACGAGUUCUUAAGGACACAAUAUAUGCAUUAUGUUAAGAGCAGUCAUGGCAGUUGGUGAGCUUUUUGUAACCUACUACAUCCUGUUCUAAACUUGGUGCAUUAUUUUCGUCAUGCAUGUGCUGUGAAUUUGUGCCCUAGAUUGGUCAGGGUACAUAAAGGAGCUUCAUCCUUAGGCAUGCUUAAAUUAUAAAGUGGCUUACGUCAUUAGUUCACUUCAUGCAUGUUUAUUGGAAGAGAAAGUGAUGCUCUGAUGGUUUUACCAAUAGUAGUGACCCUUGGUAUAUGUUUUGAUUAUGAACACACACUUCUUCAGGCCUGCUUCCUUGUAGAUAAUUUUGUUUUGUUAUUCUAUCGCUUUAUGCGGUCCAAAUGCAAAAGUGCAUGUAGUGCUCAUGUGCGAGGCUUCAUAAAGAAGGCAGAACGGACUUUGGAAGCUUCAGUGCAACCGCUUGGACAUUCUUGUUGUGUAUUUCAGUACAUUAUGCACUAUAAAUGAGGAGAUGCAUCAGUCUGUGUUAUUUUGUUAGUCAAAAUAUUUUAGGCAAACAUGUUUUGCAUAAAAAUGCACUCCUGGGGUUAUUUUUGUUUUGUUAAUGGUAGUUUUGUACUAGCCUUAAAUUAUCUUAAAAUUUGCUUAUUGUUGCUGUCACUAGCUGUAUUUCAGUGUGACAAAAGCACCAAUGCAGGCAUCUUUAACUAAUUUAUUCAAAUUGGAUUACUUUCCCACUUUUGCACAAUACUUGUACUUAAGGUUGGCUUGUGUAAACCCUGUUUACUUUGUCCCAUAUUCAUGCCCAAGUGGGAAAGCAUGACUUCUUUGCUCAAAAUUGUGGUGUAAAGCCACUUAGUUGAAAAAUGGACUGCAGUGUGCUUGUCAUGAAAACUUGAAGGUCAUCAGCUGGAAUCUUUUUGACAAUUACAAGAAAUGUUGACCCCAUUCUUUUCUUACCGAGAUGAAAGUCGGUGAAAUCGGUCAGUUGUGCAAGUAGUUGCCAGUAUUUCUUGUUUCACAGCUGUCUGGAUUCCUAGGCAAAACCAAUUUGGCUGCCUUAUGUUACCACGUUUCCGUUGUAAUGCACAGAAGAAACACUUGAAAAACAUGGUUAUGAGCAAAUGUUUUUCAAGGUUUGCAGUAACAAGAUCCAUUUCAAAAGGCAUUAUGUAGUGAUGUGACAGGGAAGUUGGAGAGUUGAGCAUACUAAGUAGUCCUCAGUCUUUCAAGAGCACUUGAAGCGAGCAGCAAGUAGACUCACCAUUACUUGUUUAGUUCCUUCAGUUGUCUUGCAUCACAAUUUUCAGCCAGUAGCUUUAGUCACUGCAAACAAGCGAGGUUGGCUUCGCUCAAUGCUACUUUCUUUGCCUUUAAUGCUUUUCGAUCACCUUGAUUUGCCAGCAUAAACUCCAACAUAAAAGACAAAUUUCACUACUUUUCGCACGCACUAGUAUUCUGUGCACUGGGAACAUCAGUCAGAACUGCGAUUAACUCUAGUGCUGAUAUUCAAUUUUAUUAAUGUACUACUGUCUCUCUGAGUUGGCAUGGUGAAUAUCUCAUUUGCCUUCUGUGGAUGUUGCAAUGCGCAGUACUUUGUAUUAGUAUGUGCAAACAAAUUCUUUUUUAAUAUGUACAGAGCAAUACUAUUUACACAUGUUAUUGAUAAAUACUUUAUAAUGAUGUUCCGUGUUGCAUCGUUUUAAUGCUUUUUAUGCAGCCCUUUCACUUAAGCUAUUAAUUUGCAGCAGAUCAUGCAUUGCACAGAAAUAAAAUGCACCUGAAACUUGGA